GGAGAAGCAUGAUUGAUGGGAACGACGGGCAGAGAUUCAUCAAGACCCUCAUCAAGUCCCUGGAUGAGCAAUACAUCGACGAGGUGUUCAGGACCUACACGUGGGCCCCUAUCAAAAGCACCAACUACAGCCUGGGGCUGGUUCUGCCUCCCUACAGCACCUACUACAUCCAGGCCAACCUCAGCGACCAGAUCCUCCAAGUGAAGUUACCAAACAUCAAAAUGAAGGGCAAGUAUUUUCAGUCUUAGACCACUAACCCUCACCACCCCGUCCCCUGCCCCGUGU